AUGAUCAAAUGUAAUCAAGAAAUAGAAAUGAGAAAAUUACGUUUACAAAGUUUAGAUAUUGAAUUUUGUCUACCCCGAGGUGAUUCAUUCUGUACUGAACUUGUCCCGAAUAGUUUCUGUUCAAUUGAAAAAAAUGAAUGUUUCUGUAAAUAUGGUUAUUAUUCAAUUCAAGAAGAUGAUGGUAUCAUUUGUAAAACAUUACUAACAAAUGAUAAAUGUCAAUUGGAUAGUGACUGUAUAUAUGUGAAAAAUAGUAUUUGUCAUCCUGGUGCUGGAGCAUGUAUUUGUCCAUCUGGAACUAUUUAUAUACCAGAAGAACAAUCAUGUAGAUUUCAAAUUAAAACAUUUACAAAUGAUUUCUGUGAUAAAUGUGAACGUUUCCAUGGUUUAUGCUACAGAUAUGAAAACGACCGAGCAUUAAGUCACAACAACAAAAGAAUUGUAUAUGGAUGUAAAUGCCCAUACAAUACAGUUUCGAUUGAUACUAACCUCCUAUGGAAUAAAUCAUAUAUCAAUCAACCUAAAACAUCAGUCUCCAUUAAUAGUACACAAAUAAUGAACUAUAUGAGUGAUAAAGAGAAUAGUGGCUUCUGUCGAGGUUUGUUAGUCGACAUUGGUAUGUUCUGUAACGAAAUCGAUAUGUUAUGUCGAUCAUCAAACUCUAUUUGUUCAAAUGGGAAGGUGAUCAAUAAUAUCUAUUUAUCACCACAGUGUAUUUGUCAAGAUGGAUAUUUACCAGUUUAUCAAGAAUAUUUAGAUUAUUAUGAAUGUAUUCCAGUCUGUGAUAAAUGUCACUCAAUAGAUCAACAUCGUCGUCAAAAACAUUGCGUAUGUCCAGAAGUUGUCCAACGAAAUCAAAUUCACAAGGUCUAUGAAAUCAGUAAGAACAUCCAAGACAAUAUAUUUCAUCUUUCUGGUACACAGCAAAACAUCACAAUCUGUUUUAAUCUUUCUAUGGAACAUCAAUCUUCUAUUUUUAUAAAAAAUGAUACAACACAUUUGAUUGUAUUUAUUUCAAAUCAAUUAAACUCACCAUACCCAUAUGAUAGUUGCCUAUUAAGUAUGUUUAAAGAAGGAAUAUGGUGUAAAACAUUUAAUUAUUCUAAGAAUUACGAUAUUUUAACAAGAUGUGCAUCUAUUCGAAUUCAUCAUAAAAAGAAAGAGAUUACUUUUAAAGCAUUUGUCAUUGUUUUAUAUCAAUCAACAUUUGAUUUUAUAAUUAGAGAUAUACAAUAUUUCAUUUCAUUUACAUCAUAUUGGAAUGAAGACUAUAUUACUAUAGAUUCAACUGAUAUCAAAAUGAUUCAUGGGAAUUACACUACUAGGAAUCAGUCGAAAAUUUUAGAGAAAAUUCACCAAAAUUUAAAAUUUACAAUUCAAAAUGAUUUAAACAAGAAAUAUGCACGAAAUGUUAUUGAUACAAGAGAAUCUAUGCAUUUGCAUGUAGAGUAUUAUUAUCAAAAUAAUUCGUACACAUACAUCAGUAUUGAACAAUGUUCCAUAAGUCAAACAUCACCGUAUGCAAAAUCAGAUGAAAUUAUAAUUGUACAUAAAAAUUUUCUAUUAUAUUCACCUGAAGUUAUUAACGAAAUAAAAUUCCAUUCAAAUCAUUUAUCAACAUAUGGAAACUUCGCCAUUCCAUUGAAUAAAUAUACUUUAGUCAGUAGUAUGAAGUUAUUAACAAAUAUAACAGAAGCCAAUUCAUUUCAAUUGAAUUCAAAUGUAAUGGGAUUUUAUUCAAACCCAAGUUUUACAGCCACAUCAGAACUACAUAUCAAUUGUAUAUUUCGUGUUUGCCAACACAUUAGAUGGUGUGUAUGGCCUUCAUAUUGUAAUGAUCAUAUGAGAUCGUUACAUUAUGAUGUACAUCAAUCAGAUUUAUCGGAGAGUGAUAUGUUCCCAUCAAUAUUAAUGUUAACGAAAUCGUUGAAAAUUAAAAUUUCCAACUAUAAUUCAAUAUCUCCAUCACCAUAUUCUUCUCCUUAUUCCCCUGUAUUUAUACAGAAUCAAAGUAUAAAUUCUAUUUGUCAAUCUGAUAAUAUAUUUAUCAAAUUCUCUACACAUUUUAUAAUUUUUAUCAUUUGUUUAAUAAGUGGAAUCAGUUUUAUAACAUUCUAUUAUCAAUGUAAUUCCUCAAUAUAUCAAACUCCCUACAGUCGAUGUUGUUGUCAAUCCUUCUAUCGAUCUAAUCAUGAAAAAUACAAUGGUAAUCCAUUGAUUACUUAUAACUUAUGUAAUAAUCCUUUGAAUACUAAAGUAUUACAAUCCAUUACUGAUGAAAAUGAUAACAAACAUUAUUCUAUGAAUAAUAUGCUUAAAGAGAAAUUUCAACAAAGUUAUCAUUGUUCACAAGUGAGAUGUAUUCAAUCCGAUUGUUCACUUAAAACUGAUCAUGAUAGAUUUCAUAAUCAAGAGGAGAAUCUAUAUCAUCAUGAUACAUUAAAAGAGAUAAAUAUUCGAAAUUGUGAUGAUAAUGAUAAUGAUGUUGAUGAUGAUCAUACAAUUUGGGACAAAAUUAUCCCAGUCUGUUAUGAAAUGAACUCCAACUCAAAUAUUAUUGAAAUCUAUAAAAAUCAAUUAUCCUCAUUAUGUCAUUCACAACAAAAAAAUAUUUUAGUUCCUUGUUGUUUACACAAUCAAAAUUUAUAUUUUCAUCAAUCAUAUUGGGAUAAUAAUACUAUUGAUAAGCCAGAAACUACUUACAAAUCUAUAAGUAGUACUGAUUAUAUAUGUUAUAAUAAAAAUUUUGAUGAUUUAACAAAUAUUGUUACAGUUAAAAAUGAUUUAUCUAAUGAUAAUUAUGAUGAGCAAAUAUUUAAUGUAUAA